AUGACGAAGGCGCUCGAGAAGGAAUCGACGACGGUCCUCCGCGCGUGGAUGUUCUCGGACGCGCACUUUUUGCACCCGUAUCCGACGCCCAGCGAACGCGAGGCUCUCGCCCGAGCCGCACAGCUCACGCCGUCGCAGGUCAAAAACUGGUUCAUUAACGCCCGCAAACGCCUCUGGCAGCCGCUGCUGACCAAGUUUAACGUCGCGGCAUCUCCACAGAGCGGCGCGACCCGCGUGGAUCCCGCGACCUGGCGGUCUUUGCAGCCUCUCCUACGACGCCUCCGCAUGCCAGCACCCGUCCUGACCUCUGUACCGCAAUGGAGCUCACCGGAAGAAGCGGCGUUCGUACACGCAGUCGCCCAAGCGUUUGUCGAUGGCGCGCUUCAGUAUCCGCGUGGGACACCGCUUCUCUCGGUGCUCUACACGGAACUCCCGACGCACAACCACUGCGCGAUUAGCCCCUACGUCCGCGCGACGGGCAUGGAAGCCGCGACGUAUGUACCGAACGUGACGAACGCAGCGACUAUUGCUAGCACCCGCGCACACCUGCAGGCGCUGCGUGCCAAAAUGCCUGGCCACAGCGACAAUGAAGUGGGCUGGGACGUCAUUCUUGCCGUCAUGGGGAAGAUCUCCAUGAAAGAGCUUGAUGCGCUUCUCGAGGAGCUCGCUGAAGGUGGCGACGACGACUGGCGCAGUCGGUAUUCGCCCUCAAAGUACUAG